UCCAACAACAAUUUUACAACGAUCAGCCCAGCCCAAAAAAAUCUCAAUAGUCGUCAUCCACAAUUCAAAACAUUGAGGGAUUCUUGCAACUUCCAGGAACCCAUUUUUUCGGUAAAACCAGACCAGGAUUUCGGUCGGCGACAAACAAAGUACAAAAUCGAAAAACAAUCUCUUGUCUCUAAACAAACCCUAACCUUUAUCAUCAUAAUUUGAAAAUUUGUUUGUUGAAUUAACAGACAAAAUGGGUUCAUCAGAUACGAAGCUCCUUCAAGAUAUUUUGUUAUACGCGGCAAGCGCUGCAUUGAGUUGCUUGGUAUUGGUAACCGGGUUGCACUACUUAGACCCGAACCGUGAAUCUUCAAAGAAGGCUCUUGAACAUAAGAAAGAGAUUGCAAAGCGUUUAGGUCGUCCCCUUAUUAAUACAAAUUCUUAUGAGGAUGUAAUAGCCUGUGAUGUAAUAAAUCCUGACCACAUUGACGUAGAGUUUGACUCCAUCGGGGGACUGGCAACCAUUAAAGAAGCUUUAUUUGAGCUUGUGAUUCUUCCCCUGAAGCGACCUGACUUGUUUUCGUAUGGAAAACUCCUUGGACCUCAAAAGGGGGUCCUGUUGUACGGACCCCCUGGCACGGGGAAAACCAUGCUUGCCAAAGCUAUUGCCAAAGAGUCAGGAGCAGUUUUCAUUAAUGUGAGGAUAUCCAACCUGAUGAGCAAAUGGUUCGGAGAUGCUCAAAAGCUUGUGACUGCUGUAUUUAGCUUGGCUCAUAAGCUUCAGCCUGCCAUCAUAUUCAUUGACGAAGUUGACAGUUUUUUGGGUCAACGUCGUCAAUCAGAUCAUGAGGCUUUGUUAAACAUGAAAACUGAGUUCAUGGCUCUAUGGGAUGGAUUCACUACCGACCAGAAUGCCCGAGUUAUGGUACUUGCAGCAACUAAUCGUCCUUCAGAACUUGAUGAAGCAAUACUUCGGCGUUUUCCUCAAGCCUUUGAAAUUGGAAUGCCAAACCAGAAGGAAAGGGCCGAGAUAUUGAAGAUUAUCUUAAAGGAUGAGAAGGUUGAAGAUAACAUAGACUUUGGUUCUAUAGCUAAAUCAUGUAAGGGUUACACUGGAUCAGAUCUAUUUGAUCUUUGCAAAAAGGCCGCCUAUUUUCCGAUUAGAGAACUGCUGGAUUACGAGAAGAAAGGGAAACAAUCUCCUGAACAGGAACCUAGACCUUUGUCACAGUUAGAUUUGGAGAAGGCCCUUUCCACUUCACGGAAGACAACGGUUGCUGCAAAUGAAUACUGCAGAAUGAACCAACCGUCAUCAUCUGGCGAUUCAGGUGAUUAUCAAGUUCAAGCUGCAAUCAAUGAAUUCUCUAAGCUUAUGAUUUCUCAAAUGAUUAACCUCCAAUCAGAUUCCCAGGAUCCUUAAAUUUUUUAUUUUCUCUUGAGCAUUCUUGUUGUACUACCAUUUAGCCUUAGUCCGGAUUUUAACAGCGAUAAGUUAGUCAUACUAGUUCUAGAACAUGUAUUUUUUUUUUUUUUUUUAAUAUUAUAUACACUGCUUUUCAAAAUACCUAGCUUGGUAUUGCAUAUUGAACCAUAUACCAAGCUUAGCUAGUAUAUGGUUCAAUAUAUGUAUUUUUGUUGUUCCGCCCUACUUUUAAUAAUAUUGUAUCAUGAUAUGAUUCAAUCAAAAAUAAGACAUACAAUUGUAGUUAUUAUUAUC